AUGGGAAUUCUAGCAGACAAGAUGCUGGAUUAUAUGGUGUCUAAUAAGUACAUAGACAAGUCAGUUCAGAAGGGCUUUCUGAAGAAGACUCCUGGUUGUCUUGAACACACCCAAGUGCUUAUGGAAGAGCUAAAAGACGCCAAAUCUACUAGACGUCAGAUAUUCGUUGUCUGGGUGGAUUUGAUGAAUGCAUAUGGCAGAGUCCCACACAACUUGAUCCUCUAUGCCCUCCGGCAUUACAAAUUCCCUGAAUGGCUCAUAGAUUACAUGUUUAAGUACUAUGAUGAACUGAUUGUAAGGGUGGUAACCAAAGACUGGAAGUCAAAUUGGUUGUACUACAUGUUAGGCCUCUUUCAAGGAGACCCUCUUUCAGUAGUGUUGUUCCUGAUUGUAUUCAACUUACUGUCAGAUCUUCUACAAGAUCAAAAAGAACUGGGUUAUAAACCUUCCUUUAGCUCGCAACCUACAUCGAAUCGGGCUUUUGCAGAUGACCUAACACUUAUGUCCUCCAGACUAGAGAAGGUAAAGAAGCAGAUAAAGUUGAUGGAGCAGUUUUUGGAUUGGAGUAGGAAAAUGAAGGCCAAGCCUAGCAAGUGUGUCUCCCUGGGAAUGAAGGUGAUAGAUGGUACGUACCAGGCUUAUGACCCAGAGAUAUUGAUUGACGGCCAGAUAAUCAGCUAUGUAGGAAACAACCCGAUUAAGUUCCUGGGCCACUGGAUCUAUGUCGAUCUAGGGUUAAAUGACACUAAACAACGGAUUGAAGACAAACUAAAGACUCUGUUUCAGACAGUGGAUGAGUGUGGUCUCAACGGUGUCAUGAAGUGUUGGAUCUACAAUAACAUGCUGACUAGCAAGAUGUCCUGGGAUCUGAUGAUUUACAACCUUCCUGUAUCAAAAGGACACGCCCUGAAGAACAGUGAUGACACCAAAGUUGUAGAAGCCUAUAAUAACAAGAAAGAGAAACAAGAGAACAGCCCGAGAUGGUCUUAUACAACGGAGCUGACGGCAAGAGAGCGAGAUCUUUACUUCCAGGAAUUGUUUGGAGUAGUGACUAAAGACCGAGUAGGACUCGGAUGCAAACCAAAGUUGACUGAGAGGCAGAAGCUAAGACAACUGGUAGAAUCGGUGUCAGAGAACGACAUGCUAGUCACCCUGGUAAACAAGGGAGUACAGGGCAAGUUCUUGACAUGGGAGAACACGAUGCAGUUAGACUUAGGAUGGAACAGCCUUAUCUACAACUACAAGAUGAGCCCGGCUCUCCUUAAAUUGCGCCUAAACUCGACACACGACGUGGCUAAUACCCCUGCAAACAUGAAAUUGUGGAACUACUCGAGUACAGGAAAUUGUACACUUUGUGGUUGGAAGACGUGCAACAUCAAGCACAUCCUAGCCGUCUGCAGUGUAGCAAGAAACUCCAAAAGGUACAACUGGAGACAUGACAACGUCCUACGUGUUAUAGCCGGAGCCUUGCUUGACCAACUCAAGAUGUACAAUUCCUCACGUUCCACGACCUCCGACAAAGAAUGGAUACGGUUCAAGUCGAAGGAUGGGAAGUAUGACCACCCAAAGCCAAAGUUGAGGAAGGAGAGGCCCUUUGAGAGAGCGAAAGACUGGAAGCUGAUAUGGGACGAGGAUACACUACCUGCCCAGUUCCCACAGCACAUCUACAACACAGCGGAGAGACCCGACAUUGUAGUAUGGUCGGAUAGUUUGAGAGAAGUAGUUCUGAUUGAACUGACUUGUGGUGACGAGAGUAACUUCAGUGACCAAGAAGCACGUAAAGAAGCACGCUAA